AUGCAGUCAUUGGGAGUUUUAUUCGGCAAAAGUCUUUCGAUCUUUGAGCAACUAGUGCACAGCAAACAUCCUGCCCUACAGCAAGCUGAUAAUCAAUCCUGCCCAAUAAACCAGACCGCAUUGUACCAAUGUUUGUUUCAAGAAACCUUCGAAACACACAAUGCGUUUGAAGAUGUCAAGGCCCUUCGAAACAUUUUAUUUCACUCCAAUUUGCAGCUCUCAGAAGAGUUUAUUGUCAACCAUUGUAAGCCGAUUUCUUGUGAUUAUGCUCUGGAAGAUUUACAGUAUUUAGACAAACGACACGAGAUCUUGAAAUCCAUGGAAUACAAGCUAUACAAUCCAACGGGCGAUGGAGUAAUAACAAAGAGCAUGGCGGAGAAAAUCGCGGGCAGUGGUUUAACGUACAAUGAUCUUUCAAAGCUGUUCAAAGACUUUGGUAAACCAGGAUUGAUUUCCAUCCUAUCCGCGAAACCUCCAACAAAGAACGAGAGACGACUCAGAGUGACAAAAACUGCUCGAAUUCGUGCUGCAAUACAACGGCAUUUCGAAGCAAAACUUCAAGCACAUUUCAAGCCGUGA